UGUGCAGAAUUAUAAGAAGUGUAAAAAGUGAAAGUGUCGAAGCCUUCCCGAUUGUUUUAGUACGUGCUCGUUGCUGCAUCUCAAAACAGGCGUUGUUCAAAAAUUAAAUUUCAGGCCUAGCUUUCGCGCGCCGGCUCACUGCCCCUAGCGACGGAUACUCGAAACCAUGUGCUUCUUUACUUCCUUUGAGCUGAUGUGUGUGUGUGUGUGUGUGCGUUCAUGACACGCUGUGCCCGUGAGGAUGAUUGCGGACAAUAAACUCGGCGAUAUUUUAAACUAAGGAAGACAGAGGCAAUCUGUGGCCGGCCAACCAUCGACUAUCGAGAGGACGACACGGUGAAGUAGAAAGGAGAAGCGGCGUAGGGCAACGAAAAGAGCCAAGAUAUGUGGCAACAGUGGAGCGCGGCCGCGCAGCCCACUGCUGCCGCCGCGGCGGUAAUGCCGGCCGCGUCCGGACAGUCUUUUGUGCCGGCAGGACUCGGAGUUCUCGGUUGGCCCGCGGCUACGCCAGCGGCCACCCAGCCUGCCGUUUCGUACGCGUGGCCCCAGUGGACGGCGGCCGCUACGACUACGAGCGUCGCCGCUGCGGUGCCUACCACGACGCCCGCGGCCGAUGCCGGCGCUGGAGGGGCGACGACUACCACGGCGUCAGCAACACAGGAGGCCGCCGCAGCGGCUACGCCCGAGGAUGCAGAACGCAUGCAGCAAUUGAAGACCCAGGCUCAAGCCUGGCAGCAGGCACAGCAGCAGGCCUGGCUGGCCUGGUCUCAGCAGUGGGCCGGAUGGACGUCUGCCUACGAGGCUGCCGCAGUCAAUUCCCAGCAGGCCGCUGCUGCUGCACCCAAGGCUGCACCAGUGCCACCAGCAGCACCAGUAGCAGCGGCACCAGCGGCGGUACCCCCGGCUGCGGUGCCGGUACCAGCUGCAGCGGCGGUACCAGCUGCAGUGACACCAGCGGCGGCGGCGCCUGUCACUGCUGCCCCUUCUGUGGACGCAGAGGAUGCAGAGUUUGAGCGGCAGUUCAAGGAGUGGGAGAAGAGCUUCGAGAACUGGCUGACACAGAACCGGGAGCACCCGGACAAGGAGGCCUUUGCCCGCUACGAGAGCCAAUGGAAGCAGUGGCGGCAGCAGCUUCUCGAUCGCCGCCAGGAGAUGCGCCAGAUGAAGUCCACAGGUGCAGCAGCAGGUCAAGCAGCUGGUCAGGCACCUUCAGCAGCCAGUACUCCUGCAGAUGGAAGUACCCCAGCUGCACCACCACCGCAGCAACAGCAGCAGCAACAACAACAACAGCAGCAGCAACAGCAGCAAUUGUUGGCUCAACAGGCCCUUGCCCAGCACCAAGCAUAUGCUCAGCAACAUCAGCAAGCUCUCAUGCAACAGCAGGCAAUGGUGCCCCAAGCUGCAGCAGCAAUGAUGCCCCAGGCAGCCAUGGUUCCCCAGGCCAUGAUGUCGCAGGGUAUGGCCCCUCAAGGAAUGAUGCCACAGGCAAUGGUCCCACAGGGCAUGAUGCCGCAAGGCAUGACCCCACAUGGAAUGGCUCCACAAGGGAUGCCUCCACAGGGAAUACCACACCAGGGUAUGACCCCACAAGGUAUGCCACCGCAGGGGAUGAUACCACAGGGGAUGGCACCACAAGCCAUGAUGCCCCAAGGAAUGAUGGCUGCUGGUAUGAUGCCUCAGGGAAUGGCUCCUCAGGGCAUGCCAGGCAUGAUGCAACACCAGGGUCAGUCUCAGCAAGAGCAAGGUCCUCCUUCAGGCAUGGGGCCACCACAUCGAGGCAUGGGCCCAAGAGGAGGCAUGGGCCCAAGAGGAGGCAUCGGCCCUAGGGGAGGCAUGGGUCCCAGAGGUGGAAUGGCUCCACGAGGAGGCAUGCCCCCACAAGGAGGCAUGGGCCCACCGCAUGGUGGUAUGGGUCCCCAAGGCGGUAUGGGCCCUCAAGGCGGCAUGGGCCCACAAGGCAUGAUGGGUCCCCAAGGCGGCAUGGGUCCCCAAGGUGGCAUGGGUCCCCAAGGUAGUCCACAAGGUGGCAUGGGGCCAAGAGGUGGCAUGGGGCCUAGAGGAGGCAUGGGCCCUAGGGGAGGCAUGGGUCCUCAAUGUGGCAUGGGACCUCGUGGCAUGAUGCCCAGAGGUGGUCCGAUGGGUGGGCCAAGAGGACGUGGUGGACCGAGAGGGCCUUCAGACUUUGGACCUUUCCGACCCCCUCUGUCCCCACAACAGCAACAGCAGCAGUUCCCUGGUGGCCAGCCUGAAGGCGCAGACGGCGACGAUGAUGGUAAUGGUGAAGGUAGCUUUGGUGGAGGCAGGCCCUUCAGAGGGCGAGAAGGGCCACGUGGAAUGCCCCCACGGGGUGGACCUCCAGGUCGUGGUGGACGCGGUCGCCCGUUUGGUGGUGGUGGGGGCCCAACUGAAGACCCCUUUAGAGGCGAGCAGGACUUUGGUCCUGAAGGAGAUGAGUAUGAAGGCGGCCCCAACCAGUUUGAUACACCUCCUCAUCAUGAAUUUGGACCUCCUCCCCCGGGCAAAUUCGGAGGCCCACCUGACAAACCAGAGUUCGGUGGGAUGCGGCACCCCUCACCAUAUGUGUGGCAGAACCCGAAUCAGCGAGGUGGGGGCAGGGGAGCACCCAGGGGCCGUGGUGGCUUCUUCCCUGGCCAGCGCCCCCCGCCUCCAUCACAGUGGGGUGGUGGUCCUCCGGACGACUGCGGGCCUGGUAAUCCUGAUGAUCUCAGACAAAUGCCUUCCGAUGACCGGAGACCUGGUCCUCCCGACGACCGGAGGCCCGGCCCUCCUGAUGACUGGAGGCCUGGACCACCUGAUGACCACAGAAUGGGCCCUCCAGACGACCGCAGAAUGGGCCCUCCAGAUGACCGCAGAAUGGGCCCCCCGGAUGACCGCAGAAUGGGCCCCCCUGACGACCGCAGAAUGGGUCCUCCCGACGACCGCAGAAUGGGUCCUCCCGACGACCGCAGAAUGGGUCCUCCCGACGACCGCAGAAUGGGCGCCCCUGAUGACGGCAGAAUGGGUCCUCCUGACGACCGCAGAAUGGGCCCUCCUGAUGACAGAAGACAGGGACCUCCAGACGACCGGAGACCAGCCCUUUUUGAUGACCGCCAGCCUGGCCUUUUUGAUAGGCCUGGUGGACCUCCAGAUAACCGCAGGCCUGGACCUCCUGAUGACAGGCACCCUGACUGGAGUGGUGGUCCUCCUGAGAAGCGCUGGAGGGGACCACCAGAUGGUGAAGAUGAUGUGGCGCCUGGUGGACGACCCAAUGGGGAGCCACCACGUGAUUUUGAGUCAGGCCCUCCGCGUCCACAACCACCGUUUGACCCGGACCGCAAGGAUCCGCUUAGAGACGUGCCCGAAGGAGAUCUGCCGCCGCGUGGCAAGGGUGAUCAUCCGGAGGCGGAUGCUGAGCGACCGCCCCGUCCAGACUCCCGCGAGAUGAACGAGGAGGACAUGCGUGGACGACAUGGUCCGGGAGGACCCCUGCCGGGCAGGAGCCCCCCGCGAACAUUACAGGAUGCAUUUGCCGAAGAUAACUGGGACGGCUUUGACGAGAGCGAGCCGUGGCCACCAGGCCCCGACCGUGGGCGUGGUCCUCCACCCCCGUGGAUGGGAGGACCGCCAAGAGGAGGCCCCAUGCAACGCCGGCCACCGAGGGGGUUUCUCCCUAUGCGGGGUGAGCCACGUGGAGGGAUGAGAGGACGCCCCAUGCCCCCACCGGGCGGUUGGGACAUGCCUGAGUGGGGACCCCCGCCCCCCUGGGGGGGGCCCAUGCGUGGAGGGCUUCGGCCGCCCCCGCCUCCGGAGUGGAGACAUCGCCCAAUGCCACCACACAUGUUCCCGGACGAGCCGCCAUUCGACUGGGAUCGGCGGCUGCAGCCGCCCCCCUGGGCAGAGGAGCCGCCAGAAGCACCGUGGGAGCCCGAAGUGAUUGACUACGGUCACCGGCCAGCCGACCUGCCUGGAGGAGCUAAGUUCGAGUCAUUUGACUAUGGCCAUGGGAAAAGUGCAGAAGAUAAACGGCAACUGCCUCAAGUGAUGGAUUAUGGUCAUGGAGCACCAUUACGCGAGCGCAGGCCCAUCUUCGACGACCUUGACCUUCCACCGGCAUUCCGAGACGACGACUGUCGUCCUUGUACACCAGAACCGCCUCCGCCACCACCUGCGCCUCCGGAACCGCAAGUAGUCUCUGUCGAAGACCUCCUGGGGCUACCUGGUCGCGAGUCGCGUCCUCCGCUGCUGUGUGUAGUCGUGCGUGGCCCUCCAGGCUCGGGCAAGUCGUUCCUGACGCGACUGCUGAAGGAACGCGAGAUGGGCGCUGCCGGGAGCGUGGCACCACGGGUGCUCGCUCUUGACGACUAUUUCAUGCAGGAAGUGGAGGUGUCCGAACUGGAUGCAGACACAGGCAAGCGUGUCAAGCGGAAGGAGUUUCGCUACGAGUAUGAAGCAGAGAUGGAGGAUGUUUACUUUAGCAGUCUACUCAAAUCAUUCCGCAAGACGGUGGAUGGCCGACUUUUCUCUUUUGUGCUGGUCGACGCGGUUCUGGCGCGACUAGAGCAGCUGGAGCAGUUCACAAACUAUGCACGCCAGAAUGGAUUCCAGGUGUACAUCUGUGAGCCCGAUUGCCUGGAUGCCGAAGAGUGCCACAGGCGCAACGUGCAUGGGCGCUCCCUUGAGGACAUUCAGCGGAUUGUGGACUCGUGGGAGCCGGCACCUAGGCAAUACCCCCGACUUGAUUGCAGCAUACUUCUUAAUGAAAUGGAAGACAUGGAUGGAGAGUUGCCGCCAGCUGAUAGUCAAGACAGUGUAGCUGGUGGUGGUAGUGAAGGCGACGGCAACGAUGCAGCUGCACCUAAAAAAGAAGAAAAAGAAGAAGAGGAGGAGGAGGAGGAAGAUGAGCCCGUCCACAAGCCAAGCCGAUGGGAACUGAUGACGGAGACUACGAGCAGCGGAGAGCGACUGUUAAAACUGGACGGCCUGAGUGGCCAGAAGCUGAAGCACACCUCGAUGGAUGACUAUCUGCAGCUGCCCGACGACUAUGAGGAACGUCAUAGUGAGCCAGGCAAGAAGCGGGUACGGUGGGCUGACAUAGAGGAGAGCAAACAGCAGAAGCGCAUGCGGGACAUUGGCUUUGUUGUGGGCCAGACGGACUGGUCCAAAUUCACCGACCCCACCCAAGCAGAAAAGGCACUCACACGGACCAAGUACAUCUGAAUCAUCCUCCUCCCACGUUCACUCAUCCGAAAGAAAAAAAAAGCACAUGAUCGCCCACUCGAAUUGUGCAUGCCUGUCUCAUUCUCGACGAAGGUUUUUUUUUUUUCCAUCACGGUGUAUGUUGUGCCCGGCGUUGAGGACACUUCGGAGCUAUCUUCCACAUGUGGCAUAAUACCGAUGAAGCAGCUGUCAACAGGACAAUUGUUGCAGUGACCUGAAUGCACUUCAAUACUAUUAAGGAAAAGUGAUUAAAUGAUGUCCUUUGGAA